AUGAACGCCAUGGCCGCCCACGCGUCGAGCCAGUGCCCCUCCUUGGCGGCCGGCUUCAGGCCCCCGCGCCCGGCGGUCCGGCCGAGGGCCUCCAGGGCCAUGGUCAUCGACGUGGGCUGCGUGUGCGGGCCGCGGGAGGCGAACUCCGGAGGGGAGGAGGGAGGCCGUCAGGUCGCCUGGGGAAGCGCCGUGGCGGGGGCGGCUGCGGGGCUGUUGCUCGCGGCGUCGUCCGCCGUGGCCGCGCCCAAGCUUCCGCCGUUGUCGACAGAUCCUGCGAGAUGUGAACGGGCAUUUGUUGGAAACACAAUUGGUCAGGCCAACGCUGUCUCAGACCAAGUGCUCGAUCUCCGCAGUUGCUCAUAUACUGGCAAGAACUUAUCCGGGAAGACCCUUGCUGGUGCUCUCCUGUCUGAUGCCGAUCUUGCAAAGUCGAACUUGCAAGAAAUCGUUCUCACAAAGGCCUACGCCGUGGGCGCCAAUUUUGAGGGCGCCGACCUCACUAGCGCCGUUGUUGACCGCGUCAACUUCGAUGAAGCCAACAUGAAGAACGCGAAGAUGGUGAACGCGGUCAUCACGGGAGCAACGUUCAAUGGCGCCAAUUUGGACGGCACAGAUUUUGAAGACGCCUUGAUAGGAUUCGAGGACGUUAAGAAGCUGUGCCUGAAUCCGACGCUUACCGGGGAGAGUCGGGCGCAAGUUGGCUGCCGCCAGUGA